GAUUGAAGAAUACAGAAUUAUUUAGUGCCAGGAGGAAAACAGACGUGUGGGCCACAAUGAAUUCAUCCAACAAUGAGGCAGUGCCGGGUUGUAAUACACAUAGAGUAACUAAGACUAUUGUUACCUCACCUGAAAUUUAUAAGCCCGUUGGACCUUACAGUCAAGCAAUAUUGGCCGAUAAAACGCUAUAUGUAUCUGGCGUGUUAGGUAUGGACCCUCAAGCCCAGUUGGUGUGUGGAGGCGCUGAAGCACAAGCUAAGCAGGCGUUGGAUAAUCUCAAGCACAUCCUUGAAGCUGGGGGCUCGUCACUGGCUGGCGUCAUAAAGACUACGAUUUUACUCCUCAAUAUGGACGACUUUCAAGCGGUUAAUCAAGUCUAUGCACAAUAUUUUCCAAAAGACUGUCCAGCGCGAGCUACAUAUCAAGUCGCAAAAUUGCCGCUCGGAGCUGCUGUCGAAAUCGAAGCGAUUGCCCUCAGCGGAGACCUCGUUAUUGCUGAAGCAGGGCCCUGUCCGUGUGCCCGUAUUUAAAAUUGAAUAACAUAUAUACCGAUAUUAUCGGUUAUAUCCAAUAAUAUCCUCCAUCGACACCGAUGUUGUUAGAUUGUCAACCAAAUAAAAAAUUUGUAAUUAACA